AUGAACGGUUCGGGGCAGCAGCCCGCGACCAUUCCCGCCGCUCAAGAGGAUGGCGCUGUGCAGCGAGGGAGUGGAGGGAGUGCCUCUGGUCGCCCGGGCCACAGCAGGUCGUCAAGGCAAAAUGUAUGGACACACGUACGGGUAAUAUACGAGGAAGGCAGAGGCUAACGUGUGGCAGCCGCAACAGCAGCUCUCGACCAUCGAAAAGUCCGUCACGCAUCUGCUGGUCGCAACGAAACAACUGCUGGAAACACUGACCAUGUGGUCCACUGCCCGCGCCAAUGAGGGAGAAGUGUCAGACGUGUACGUGCGGCUGGGUUAUGAGUUCAACAUCGCAUGUCGCGCUUUCAACGCCAUCGGUGUCGACACCGGCGACCUCGGUCCCGUUCCCGAUAUGCUUCGCACCAUUCUCGAGGAAACACUGAGUCAAGAAGCGAGCCAGGCGAGCCUCGAAAAGUAUCUGCCACGCAUCAGAGACAUCAUCAUCAACUUGUUGCACGGCUUGAAAAAGAAACAGCAGAGACUACGACAGAGAAGUAACAGAGACGGUGGCGGAGAGUCCAGUGCCAGGCCUCCCAGACACCCUUCCACCGCGAGCUCUGUGAGCGUCGCAACCAACUUGACCGAGCAGCUGGAGGACAUCCCAUCGAGAGCAAGCAGCAACAGGUCGUUCGCGCAGCGGCAGGACAGUGGAGAUCUCAGCGGCUCAGACCUACCACCGCGCACUACGAGCGCAGGCCGGACGUCCCCCACCAAGCGGCACGGAAUCAGUCCGCAGAACAGCAUAGGCAAGAACUCUUUUCUUGCUGAGUCCACCGCUUCCUCGAUAUCCAGCAACACUCUGCAGAACAUACCUGUCAUUGCUCCAUACCCUGAAGCCGAGACUAUGCCAACAAAUCAACGCUAUGAACGUGACCAUUCUUCACCAGAGCCAGCAAAGCCGCCCCCCAAGGCCAAUGACGCGCUUUCGGCAUUGCAACGCGGCGGUGAUCUGGAGAGACGUGCUUCACGGCGGUUUUCAGCAUAUCAGAUUCAGAAGCAUCUGGGCACCUCCAUCAAUGGCAUUCCUGCCAUUCCAUCCGCUCAGAACUCGCCUAUUCCGAAUAGAGGUCGGGAUAUGCGUGAGUCCAUGAACGCCGUGCGGUCUCGAGGCAGUAUCAUGCACAGCCGAGCACGAUCCAAGCACCAGAAGACAACAUUCGAGGCUUCGCCCAACAGAGACCUCGAAGUCCGCCGAAUAUCAGAGGAGACCAGUGGUCAGCAGGAGGAGCCUCCUCCGCCGCCGCCUAAGAGCGAUCCCGUCAAUGAUGAAGGAAAUUAUGCUUACAGUCCGAUCGUGAAGACGCCGGAAGACAAGCUCGCUGCUCCUUUCUCGCCGCCUGCUGAGGAGGCUAUCGGCGCAACUGUCAACGGGCCAUUCGAGGAGCCUUUCACGCCUAGCGGCAGCUUUGGCUCCCUCGAGCGGACCUCUACUCUGAAACAGACGCGCGACAAGUCGGUGCGAGAAGCUCGGGAUUACACGCCACCAGUAUCGCAGUUCGUACCAGAGGGUUCUCCGCAACCCGGCAAGGAGCUCACGCUUUUCCUGCAGUACAGGAGCAAAGUCAAGAAAUUUGUUCUUCCAGACGGCGGCGACCUCAGUCUUGCCAGACUACAGCUUGCAUUCAUUGAGAAGUUUGCGUGGAAUACGCACAACAAUGGCGUGGAUCUCCCGGAAAUCUAUAUCCAGGAUCAGGUCUCGGGUGUCCGCCACGAACUCGAGGACUUGAGCGACAUCAAAGAGCGCUCGGUUCUUGUACUCAAUGUCGAGCCAUUGGAUGAGGUCAAGCGCCAUUUUGACGAUGGCAUUGGUGGUCUGAGACGUAUUGUCGAGGAUAUCCGCACAAGCGUGGAUGAUCAACACUCUGCUCUGCAAAGGGUGUCGGAUAGACAACAGGAAACAGCCAAAGAACUUGCAAGUAUUGCGGCUGCGCCUCCAGCCACGUCCACUACUGCGGCGACCGGGCCAUCUAGUGUCACAAAGACUUCGAGUGGACAGCUCAAGGAGGUCCAGGCAUUGCGCCGCGACCUGGCCGUGGUCCGCCAAACUUACAACUCCUUCGUAUCUGACAUGCAGGCUUCCAUGUCAACAAUCCGCACCAAGGCUGCGGGUGUCAAGAAAGCAGUCGCCGACACCGCCAUCCCUGCUAUGGACAAUACAACUGGACGCGGAUACGUUGACAAAGGCAAGAAGCAGCUUUCCGAGGACAGCGAGCGCAUCGUGAAUCGCGUAGACGAUCUGCAAGACCACAUUGAAGAUUUGCGCAAAGAUGUGGUUGUUCGUGGUGUUCGGCCGUUGCCAAGACAGCUCGAGCAGACCGGCAAGGACAUCAGCAUCGCAACUUCGGAGCUCAAAAAGCUACAAGAGUUCCUGCGCAAGGAGAAGCCGACUUGGACGAAGAUCUGGGAGAAGGAAUUGCAAGUUGUUUGUGACGAUCGUGACCUGCUAACGAUGCAGGAAGAACUCGCCGCCGAUCUGGAAGAUGAUCUCGAAAAGGCCGCACAGACCUUCGCAUUGGUCGAAGAAGCAACCAAGCAGCAAAACCUGCAGAAUCCCAACGGCACCGUUCAAGGCUCUCGGUCUUCGUCGAGGACUCUCAACCCACUCGCCGUCGACCAAGGUGCGGACCCGCACAAAGCCAAGGAUAGUGUCCUCGGUGAAGUCCGCGCGCUGCAGCCGAACCACGAAUCACGACUUGAAGCCAUCGAGCGUGCAGAACGCGCACGCCAGCGAGAGCUGGAGAGCCGUCGCGGAGGAGAAUUCCAGCGCGAACUUGGCGAUUUUGUCGAAGAAGGUAAGCUCAAGAAAUCCGGCGGCGUGGAGGAAGUGGAGCGCGUGCGGAAAUUGCGAGAGGAAAAGACUCGCAAGGAGGUCUAUGAGCGGCAGCAGCAGCGGGCGAGAGAGAUGGAGGAGAAGCGAGCAGCAGAGCAGGCGGCAGCAGCGCAGGCAGCAAAUGGUGAAGCAGCACCGGAGGAUGGUGACGGAGCAGCAGCGACGGCGGAUGGUGAGGGCGAUGCGGAAGGUCUCCAGCCCCCGCCGAUCACCGAGAGCGAGCGAGAGAGUCCAGACGUGGGAUUCGAGGAUGCGAAGGAGGAUUUGGGCACAACUUCGAGUGAGCACCCUCCUACAUAG